CGUCACUUCCGGAUGUAAUCCUCAGAGCUGGAGGAAAAAAAAAAAAAAAAAACUCUCGUAGCCAUAAAUGUUAUCUUGUUAGCCGCCGUCGGUUUGCUUGAGUAAAACCAUCCAUGUCCAGACACAGAGAGGAUUGUCGACGUGUUGUGGUGCUUAUGUGUACAAAGAGGAGCACAGCAGCCCUUCUCACGACGCGCCGUCAACUGGUCCUUCAGGUUAAGUGACUAGAGGAGAAGAUCUUGGCACGGUUGUGUGCCAGUCCAUUUCCAAACCCAGGGACUCUUGAAUCCAGGUAAAGUCAUGAUAUAAAGACAAGGGUCCACUAGAAGAUGAAUGGUCUGUCCAUACGAGAGCUAUGCUGCCUGUUCUGCUGUCCUCCUUGCCCCAGCCGCAUCGCCGCCAAAUUAGCUUUCCUCCCUCCAGAGCCCACCUACGCCCUCCUCCCUGACCCAGAUCCCAGUGCCGGUGCCGGAGCCGCGUCCGGGCCCAGCUCCGGGGCUCCCCUCCCCUCCCUGGGAGCUCCCGGCCUGCGUUCGCGGCUCGGCGCCGGCAGCGGCGGCGACCGGGGAGGCGGCGGCGGCACCGGCGGCGGCGGAAGCGGAGGUUCCGGUGCCGCGGGUGGAUGCGAAAGCAGGUGGAAGCUGCAUCUCACAGAGCGGGCAGAGUUUCAGUAUUCUCAGAGAGAGCUGGACGUGACGGACGUGUUCCUGACCAGGUCCAGCAGAGGCAACAGGGUGGGAUGUAUGUAUAUACGCUGUGCCCCUAACGCCAGGUUCACCGUGUUGUUUUCACACGGCAACGCAGUGGACCUUGGUCAGAUGAGCAGUUUUUACAUCGGCUUAGGAACGCGCAUCAACUGCAACAUAUUCUCGUACGAUUACUCAGGCUAUGGGGUUAGCACUGGCAAACCAUCAGAGAAAAACCUUUAUGCUGACAUUGACGCCGCCUGGCACGCCUUGCGCUCCAGGUACGGUAUCAGCCCUGAGAACAUCAUCCUGUACGGGCAGAGCAUCGGCACGGUGCCCACGGUGGACUUGGCGUCACGCUUCGAGUGUGCUGCUGUGGUUCUACACUCUCCUCUCACCUCCGGGAUGAGAGUGGCCUUCCCUGACACCAAGAAGACCUACUGCUUCGAUGCCUUCCCCAACAUAGAGAAGGUGUCCAAGAUCCCGUCUCCCGUGCUGAUCAUCCACGGCACAGAGGACGAGGUCAUCGACUUCUCCCACGGUCUGGCCCUCUUCGAGCGCUGCCCCAAGGCUGUGGAGCCGCUCUGGGUGGAGGGGGCGGGCCACAACGACAUCGAGCUCUACAGUCAGUACCUGGAGAGGCUACGGCGCUUCAUCAACCAGGACCUGGCCGCCCAGCACGCCUGAGGGGGCUCGCGCCCGCCUGUGCGUGUAGGUGUGUGUGCGUGCGUGUGUGUGUGUGUGUGCCCGUGCGUACCUUGUGUGUGAGUAUGCGUACGUUGCAGGCGUGCAUGCUUGCUUGCGUCGCGAGCAUGUGUACGUUGCGAGCGUGCGUUGAGAAUGUGUGUGCGUCACAAGUGUGCGAGCGUUCGUGCGUUACGUGGGUGUGUCCGUCGCGAGUAUGUGUACGUUGCGAGCGUGCGUUGAGAGUGUGUGUGCGUCACAAGUGUGCGAGUGUUCGUGCAUAGCGAGGGUGUGUACGUUGCGAGCGUGCGUGCAUGUGUCACAAGCGUGCCUACGUUGCGAGCGUGCUGGCAUAUAUUGCGUGCGCGCAUACGUCGCAAACGUGCGUACUUGCUUGCGUCGUGAGCGUGCGUACGUUGCGAGCGUGCUUGCGUCGCAUUGCGUUGAGCGUUUGUGUGUCACAAGCGUGCAUACUUUGAGCGUAAGUCGCGUGCUUGUGUACAUUGCGUGCGCGCAUAUGUCGCGAACGUGUGUACGUGCUUUCCUCGUGAGCGUGCAUGUGUACGUCACGAACGUGCGCGCUUGCGUACAUCUUGAACGUGCAUAUGAGCUUGCGUCGUGAGCGUGCAUAUGUCGCGAGCGUGUGUACGUUGCGUACAUCCCGUGCGCGUGCAUCGCGUACGUGCGAACGUCGCGUGCUUGCGUACGUUGCAUGCGCGCGUACGUGCUUGCGUCGUAAGCAUGUCGCGAGCCUACGUCACGUGCUUGCGUACAACGUGAGCAUGCGCGCGUACGUCGCAAACGUACUUGCGUCACGAGUGUGCGUAUGUUGCAAGCGUACAUCGCGUGCUUGCGUGCGCGUACGUCACGAACGUGCGAGAGUGCGUACGUAGCGUGCUUGCAUAUAUUGCGUGCGCGCAUUUGUCGCAAACGUGCGUACUUGCUUGCGUCGAGAGCGUGCUUGCAUAUAUUGCGUGCGCGCAUACGUCGCAAACGUGCGUACUUGCUUGCGUCGUGAGCGUGCGUACGUUGCGAGCGUGCUUGCAUAUAUUGCGUGCGCGCACACAUCGCAAACGUGCGUACUUGCUUGCGUCGUGAGCGUGCCUACGUUGCGAGCGUGCUCGCAUAUAUUGCGUGCACGCAUACAUCGCAAACGUGCGUACUUGCUUGCGUCGUGAGCGUGCCUACGUUGCGAGCGUGCCUGCAUAUAUUGCGUGCGCGCAUACGUCGGAAACGUGCGUACUUGCUUGCGUCGUGAGCGUGCCUACGUUGCGAGCGUGCUUGCGUCGCAUUGCGUUGUGAGCGUGUGUGUCACAAGCGUGCAUACUUUGUGAGCGUACGUCGCGUGCUUGUGUACAUUGCGUGCGCGCAUAUGUCGCGUAUGUCGCGAACGUGCGUACGUUGCGUGCUUGCGUACAUCUUGAACGUGCAUAUGAGUUUGCGUCGUGAGUGUGCAAAUGUCGCGAGUGUGUGUACGUUGCGAGCAUACGUCGCGUGCUUGCGUACAUCGCGAGCGUGCGUACGUCGCGUGCUUGCGUACAUUGCAUCCACGUGUACGUGCUUGCGUCGUGAGCGUACGUCACGUGCUUGGGUACAUCGUGAGCAUGCGCGCGUAUGUCGCAAACGUGCUUGCAUCGUGAGCGUGCGUACAUUGCGAGCGCACGUCACGUGCUUGGGUGCAUCGUGAGCAUGCGCGCGUACGUCGCAAACGUGCUUGCAUCGUGAGCGCACGUACAUUGCGAGCGUAUGUCGCGUGCUUGCGUACGUUGCGUACGCCACGAACGUGCGAGCGUGCGUACGUCGCGUACUUGCGUGCGCUACAUGCGCGUGCACGUAACGUACGUGAGUACGUAGCGUGCUUGCGUACAUUGCAUGCGCGUGUACGUCGCGUACGUGUGUACGUGCUUGCGUCGUAAGUGCGUCGUGAGCACGUCGCGAGCGUACGUCACGUGCUUGCGUACAUCGUGAGCAUGCGCGCGCGCGUACGUCGCAAACGUGCUUGCAUCGUGAGCGUGCUUACAUUGCGAGCGUAUGUCGCGUGCUUGCGUACGUCGCAAACGUGCGUACAUCGAGAGCGUACAUUGCAAGCGCGCUUAUGUCGCAAGCGUGCAUACGUUACGACAGUGCGUGCGUGCUUGGGUUGUGAGUGUGCAUGCGUCGCAUCGCGAGCGUGCGUGCUUGCGUUGCAUCAGGAGUGUGUGUGCUUGUGUGAAUUGCGAGCGUCAUGAGAGUACGAGUACAUGCGUGUUUGCGUUGCGUGUGUGUGUGUGUGUGUGUGUGUGUGUGUGUGUGUGUGUGUGUGUGUGUGUGUGUGUGUGUGUGCAUGGUGCCCACAAUGUGUGCACAUGAGAAAUAUUCUUACUUACAGAACAUGACAGCUGCAUUAAUGCAAACAUACGUGUGUGUGUGUGUGUGUGUGUGUGGGGUCUGUGUGUCUUUUACACAACACAUGUUUAAUGUUACUAUUUUACAAAUGAUUGCAUUGUGUCUCCUUCAAGUUAGUGUAUUUAUCUGUGGUGUUUUUAACUUUUGUUGAACUCACAGUCAAUCCUAUUGAAAGUUUAGGAACAUUACAAAUGUUUUGUCCAAAAAAAAGACACACAGACGUGUUUGUUGUGGUCCUGAUGGAGGAGUCGUGAGGUAAUAUUCAUAUCGUGUGUGUGUGUAUGUGUGUGUGCGUGUGUGUGUGUGUGAGAGGCAGCUUUUGGCAACAAUGAAGGACACAUGUUGACUUGACAACAGCGUGAGGGAAUAGUAACUUUUGAACAUGGACUCGUCUUAUUUGUGUGAAGAAUACCUCCACCUGGUGGUCAGACCUCUCGGCCCCCACAAUGGACAUGAGGGUCCGGGGCGUCACUUCAGCCCCAUAAAAGAUGACCCGAUCUCCCCGUUUCUUAACCGUGUCACUUUUGCCUUUUCGCUGUGCACCCUCGCAGCCGGCAUUUGUUCUCCAACAUCUCCAACAUCUCACGUCCCAACUGGAGUUUACCCACUUUGUUCAGCACUCUUUUCCACUUUUGUGUCCCGAAGGAAAGAAUCAGAACAGUUCUGUUGCACCGUGCGCUCUUAUUUUGGUAGACGCCUUUGGCUUCCUGGGAUGAAAUAUUACACCCCCCAAAAAAAAUCAUCAAACAAGUCCUUGUUGUUAAACAUGUGACUCGACUUUUUUAGUCAUUUCCUGUUGGGCCCGUGACUAAUGGAGGAUGCGUAACUUCACGAUGUUGACGUGUUUCGUCCCACGGAGCUAAAAUACCUCGCUGUUUUGUCGCCGAGGUUUCCAUUUGAGCCCCAAAACGGCCGACUUCCUGUCCGUCUGCAGCCAUUGGUUCUUGGUUCACGGAAUGUGACGAACUUGUCAGGUUUAAACAAAUGUCUGCUUUUCUUUAGUUGAAACCCCCUCAUCGAGUAAAAGUGUCGAGUAAGACCGAGACUACAGGUAUGAUCCAUCAAAUAUUUAUUUGUCGUUGUUCUCUCUGUGUCGUUUUAUUUGAUCUUUUCAGUAAGGCCCCUAAUGUUACUCCCCUGGCGGCCAGCAGUGCACUUCCUGUCUGAGGCAAGUCAGGACCUCACUUUGGUGUGGUGCAGGUUCCACCACACACACACACACACACACACACACACACACACACACACACACACACACACACACACACGCUUGUAUUCCCGACCUUCUUGAGACCUCUGAAAAAUGCCUACCUUUAAAGAACCACCCUUUCAAGAUAUAUAAUUUACAACAUUAAUGAUGUAUUAUAUUUCUCUGAAUUGCCGCCGAGGCUCUAAUUAAUUUAAAACCUCUUCUCACCCCGGCGCUUACCAAAGGCAUGCAGUAAAAGUAAGCACGCGCUAAUUAUUUUAAAACCUUCUCACUCUGGCACUUACCAAAGGCAUGCGGUAAAAGUAAGCAUGCGCUAAUUAUUUUAAAACCUUCUCACUCUGGCACUCACCAAAGGCAUGCGGUAAAUUUAGACCUGCGCUUAUAAAUUUGAGUGUGAUGUAAGGAUACCAUCAUGAAAAACACAUUUAAUAAAAAAAAACGUUAUUAUGGUCUUACCUUUACUUAUAAAUGAAGUCCAUGCGCAGCUCCUUCUGAUCAAAAGCAUCGAUAACUUGUUUAUAGAAGUAUUCCUUAUCUUUCUUCAGUUUUAAAAGUCUCUCUGUCUCGAUGGAGAUCUUGCUUUAUUACCUCCUGCUUCGAUUGAAAGUCCAGUUUAGAAAACUGUUUUAUUUUAGAUAUGUAAUCCCCCAUGUUAAAAGUGCAAGCGAGAGGAAAAAAUAAACGCUCGUUGCUCACUCUUGCUGCUUGUUGUGACUCUUUCUGGAGCCGAGUAGUCGCAAGAAGGAUCACUAGCGCCCUCUACCACCAGGAGGCGGGAGUCAUUUAACGACUCAUAUUUGACACACGCAGCUACGGUAUAUCAAUAAAACAUAGCUGCUGACUGUUCUUUUUAGCAUAUUCAAUAGCUUGGACCUUAAAUCCUACUGAAUAGCUCUUAAUCUUCUUCCCUUUAUGCCAUUUCAAAUUAUUGAAAUCAGCCUCCUCCAUUUUGAAAAUGAUGACAGGUGAAGUGUCACUCGUGACGUGACGAGUUUGACCCUGCGGAAAUUCUAGGCAUAUGCUAAUUAUUUUGGCGAAACGAGCUUGACCCGGCAGAAAUUCUAGACAUGGGUCAAUAAAAAUAAUAUUUUGACCCGGCAGUAAUUCUAGGCAGGCGCUUACUAUUUACCCGCCGGCAAUUCAAGGAAAUACGGUAUACAUACUAUGCAAAUAUAAAAAAGCUUGUUGUGAAAAAUGAGCUGGAGUUUCACAAGAAAAAGGUCAUAAUUUCACAAGAAAAACUUUUGGCGGUAUUUUAAUAAAAGUCAUAACUUAACCCACCGCUAGUCAAAAUUUUACAAAAAAAAAAUGAACAUUUGUGCAACAUUAUGAUAAAAGUUGGAUUUUUACUCAAUAACAGUUGCAGUUUUAUAGGAAAACGUAAACAUUUUGGCAAUAUUAGAACAACAAUCGGAAUUUUACUUGGCAAAAUCAUGACAAAAGUUAUAAUUCUACUCAAAACAUUUCACAAGAACAACAAAAAAAUGUACAGUAUUGUGAUGAAAGUCAGAAUUUUAUAUGAGAAAUCUCACCAUUUUGCAUUAAAAAGUAAUCAUUUUACAUAAAACAAUAAUUUUAGGAGAAAAUAUUGCGAUAUUACAGAAACAGAAUAUAAGAAAUUGUUCCCAAUUCUAUUAGAAAAUAAUUGACACAAUGUGAGGGAAAAAAAAUGCUUUUAGUUAAUACAUUUUUGAGGGAUUUUUUUAUUUGUAAUUGCUUUUUAAUUUUCAUUAUUUACUUUGUUAUUACAGUAUGUUCUUUAUACAUAUUUAUUUGUAUCAUUUUAAUUCAUUUUGACCAAAAGGGGCGCAUUUAAAUUUCUUACACACACUUGUUAUUACAUAUCUUGGCCAGAGGGGGAGCACUUCAAAUUUUUACACACUUGUUAUUUCAUAUGUUGACCACCGAGGGCGCACUUUUAAAAGUUGUUUUUUUGUAACGUGAUUAAGGCCGAGGAUAAAGGAGUCAGGGACCACAGACGGUCCAUGUGCCGCACUUUGGGCAACCCAGCUGUAGAAGCUAACUGUUAAUGGCCACAACAGUCUUAGUAGCGUAGUGUGUUUGUUCAUCCUAUGCUCACCACCGGAAGUGGUAAAAUUAGCUGUUCACCUGGCUGGGUUUUUUUGGGGAUGAAUAGGGAACUCCUUCUUUAGCUGCCGUCUUGUUUUAUCAUAUAUUUGCACCUGUCAAUGUUUACUUUUGUAUGCACAUUAAAUCAACAAAAAAAUCCUGACUUUGGAGCAAUGUUCACAGACUCUAGUACUUGGCUCUCUAUUAAAUGCAAUGGUUUUCCGUAUUGGGCCCAUGAUUUCGAUCCUAACUUGUUCACACCUUCUCGUAUGGAAGCUACUUUUCCUUGUUGAUGUCUCAAGAAGGGUAGAAGCCCAAAAAAUCCUGACUUUGGAGCAAUGUUCACAGACUUUAGUAUUUGGCUCUCUAUUAGAUGCAAUGGUUUUCCGUAUUGGGACCAUGAUUUAUGUACUAACUUGUUCACACCUCCUCAUAUGGAAGCUACUUGUCCUUGUUGAUGUCUCAAGAAGGGUAGAAGCCAAAAAAAUCCUGACUUUGGAGCAAUGUUCACAGACUUUAGUAUUUGGCUCUCUAUUUGAUGCAAUGGUUUUCCGUAUUGGGCCCAUGAUUUCGAUCCUAACUUGUUUACACCUUCUCUUAUGGAAGCUACUUUUCCUUGUUGAUGUCUCAAGAAGGGUAGAAGCCCAAAAAAUCCUGACUUUGGAGCAAUCUUCACAGACUUUAGUAUUUGGCUCUCUAUUAGAUGCAAUGGUUUUCCGUAUUGGGACCAUGAUUUAUGUACUAACUUGUUCACACCUCAUAUGGAAGCUACGUUUCCUUGUUGGUGUCUCAAGAAGGGUAGAAAAACAAUUUCUGACUUUGGAGCAAUGUUCACGGACUUCAGUAUUUUGGCUGUCUAUUCGAUGAGUUGAUUGGCAACACUAAAUGGUCCCUAGUGUGUGACUGUGAGUGUGAAUGUUGUCUGUCUAUCUGUGUUGGCCCUGCGACGAGGUGGCGACUUGUCCAGGGUGUACCCCGCCUACCGCCUGAAUGCAGCUGAGAUAGGCUCCAGGGACCCCAAAAGGGACAAGCGGUAGAAAAUGGAUGGAUAAACACAAUGGUUUUCCGUAUCGGGACCACGAUUUUGGUCCUAACGUGUUCACACCUUCUCAAAUGGAAGCUACUUCUCCUUGUUGGUGUCUUAAGAAGUGUAGAAACAAAAAAAAAUCCUGACUUUGGAGCAAUGUUCACGGACUCUAGUAUUCGGCUCUCUAUUAGAUGCAAUGGUUUUUCCGUAUCGGGACCAUAAUUUAUGUCCUAGCUCCUCAUAUGGAAGGUACUUUUCUUUGUUGAUGUCUCAAGAAGGGUAGAAAUACAAGAACACACACACACGCAUACUAUAUUACACAAUAAAACCCCACAUUUCUUUGUGUGUUGGAACAAGCAGGUCUUAAGUUGCACAUUUUUGUACAAAAGAUGUCAAGUUGCGUGUGUUUAUUGUCGUACGUCUUCGCUGGGUCAGGUGCCAGAAAGAACCCGUGGGACCAGUUUGCGGUUUGCGGGUGAUGGCGGCAUCACGCUAACCCCCCAAAAGGAGCGGCGGGACCACAGAUCUGUUCUGACCCCUCAUGUUGAAAACAGGGAAUCUCAUCGUUGUUUGUGUCCUACCAAAGGAGAUGUGUCACCACCUUAAAACCAGGGAUCUGCCACAUGUGUUCAACUACGGGAAAAAAACACAAAAACAUUUGAAGUCCGAGGCCUCAUUUUCUUUUUUUUUCCUGGACACUUUUUCAGGGAAAGCGCCUGGCACGGGUUCGGGGUGUGAACUUUUAAGGUUUUUGUUGCGGCGCCACUACGGUCGAUGUUUGUCACGUCCCGGACAUUGCGUGACGGGACUGACAAGUGUGUGCAUGUUGUUGUGUAUGUAUUCUAUUGGAGGGCGACGCUCCACCCAUGGCAUUGACUCUUUGACGCGCUUUAAAGAGAUCUAAAAAACAAACAAAAAAAGAGACAUUUGAAUUUUGUAUUGCUCAUACUAACUAAUGUAUAAUGAGUUUGUUCCGGGGGUGAAGUGGGUAGGGGGGGAGGGGCUACUUGAACAAUACUAGUGGACUGUUUCUAUGGUUACUGUACUUAAUUAUUCGAUUCUUUGUAUUAUGAUUUGUAAUUUUAUGUUGCUUUUUGAAGCGAGACAAUGAUGUAAUGGAAUUACUACAUGAGACUAAAUCUUGACCUUUUUAUGGAUAAUGUAAACAAUAAAAGAUGACUUAUGUACAAAAAGCAAA